UAAAUUUAUAAGAGCGAUACUUGUUGGACACAUAAACUGUCCAAACAUCUAAUUAUCAUUCUUUAUUUUUAAUUUUAUCUCUUUCUUUCGAUCAUAAAAUUAAAAGUUGGUAAACAUGGACUCCAAGUGCGGAAGAACGUUGUUUGCUAUGACAACGAUUUUACUAAUCCAAAUAUUCCCCCUUACAAGUGCUCAAUCAAUCGGUGUGAAUCUUGGGUUGAAAGGGAACAACCUUCCUUCGGCAAAAGAAAUCGUGGCACUGUACGAGAAAUACAAGAUACGAUCCCUCCGAAUCUUCGAGCCAAACCACGAACUUCUGGAAGCCCUUCGAGGUUCAACUUUGGUGGUAGCUAUUGGAACACGAGACGAAGACGUACCAAACAUAGCACAAGACAUAGACGCAGCCAACGCAUGGGUCCAAACCAACGUCGUUCCAUACUUGUACAACGUCAAUAUCGGGUACAUAAACUUGGGUAACGAGGUCACACCAGGUCCUAUAUCACCAUACGUUCCAAAUGCUAUAAAAAAUAUGAUAAACGCACUCACUAAGGCUGGCAUACACAAAGACAUAAAGGUGUCCGCAAUUCUAAAGGAUAAUGUCUUAGCAUCUUCUUUUCCACCUUCAGCAGGAGCAUUCAGCGCUGACACAGCAAGCGUUAUCAAAGAGAUUGUAGCCAUUUUGUUGCAACAUGGUUCACCCAUUAAUAUCAACACGUACCCUUACUAUGCUUAUGCCUCUGACCCGCAACACAUUUCUCUAGACUAUGCAUUGUUUAAGUCAAAAAGUCCUGUGGUUACUGAUGGAAGCUUCCAGUACUAUAAUUUGUUUGAUGCACAGCUUGAUGCUUAUCAUGCUGCGUUUGAGAAGAUUGGUGUGUCCAAUAUAACUCUCACUGUCACCGAAACUGGUUGGCCCACUGCGGGUAAUGAGCCCUACACAACCAUACAAAACGCUGCGGAUUACAACAAAAACUUGAUCGCUCAUGUGAAAUCAGGGAAAGGGACACCAAGGAGACUUGGCCAAGGUUUGAAUGUUUUUAUUUUUGAAACGUUCAAUGAAAAUCUCAAGGCACCUGGAAUUGAGAACAACUUUGGAGUCUUCUAUCCAAAUAAGGAUCCCGUGUAUCCCUUGUUUUAA